AUUUAUUUGAAACAAAUAUCUAUGUAAAAACACAUGGUUUUCACCAAUGCCAUCUGUAACAUUUUCUUGCAUAAGCGUCAAGUGUUUUUAUAUCGUUUUAUUAAAAACAAAAGCUGGAUUCCAGGGAUUGGGCAUACAUAUAAAACGCUUUCUAAGCUCAAACCAUGGCCAAGAAAAACAACAAAACUAUUCCCACAGAAGUUUUAUAAAGUUCACGAUGAAAUAGGAAAUCAAUUUACUAAUGUAGAACAGGAUUUUUUUAAAAAGCGCUCAACGAAUCAUCAAGACACACGGACAGAAAAUUAUGAUUCAUUGGAAACAAUACGAAGGUAUAAUGCAUCUGGGGAUUAUACUAAAGCUAUUGAAUUUUUCGAAUCGAUUCAACCAAAUGCUUUUCGGAUAUCCGAAACAUUGAAUCAAAGGGAUAACGAUUUAAUAGUCGAAUACUUUAAAGCACUUUUAAAGACGAAUCAAAUUGAGAAGUUGUUAAAAUUAAAACGGUUUUCUAAAGAUUUAAAUCUAUCGUCGGGCACUAAAACAAAAGAAUUUCGCUUACGUCUUGAAGAUAAUAAGGAUCAACCCUUAAGAGUGUCUUUAAAACCAAUGCACCGAUUGUCUUACUUCCUUUAUGAUUUAUUAAAAUAUUCCAUUUCUAUUCUGCUUUGCAUUUCCGCUGUAUCACUUGUUAUUGAGCGUGUUGCAGAAAAUCUUUCACAGGGAUUAGGUUUUGCGGUUGGUAGAAAAGUCAACCCCGUUACUGAUAUUAAGGAAACACUAGAUGACGUCAAAGGUUGUGAUGAAGUAAAGCAAGAGUUACAAGAGAUAUUAGAAUAUCUUUCUGAUCCCAAAAAAUUUGAGCGUCUAGGCGCGAGGUUGCCUAAAGGUAUUUUGUUAGCGGGAGAGCCAGGGACGGGUAAAACAUUGCUUGCGAGAUCUAUUGCGGGAGAAGCCAAAGUUCCUUUUAUUCAAGCAUCAGCCACUGAAUUCGAAGAAAUGUUCGUUGGCGUAGGAGCUCGUCGCAUUCGCGAACUUUUUGAAUCUGCGCACAAAAUCGCACCUGUCAUUAUUUUUAUAGAUGAAAUCGAUGCAGUAGGAUCAAGACGGGAGGCAAAAGACAGUAGCUCAGCUCGGAUGACGUUAAAUCAACUUCUUGUUGAACUGGAUGGAUUUCGUCAAAAUGCGGGAAUUGUUGUUAUUUGUGCAACGAACUCUCCAGAAUCCCUUGAUCCAGCCUUAACCCGUCCUGGUAGAUUGGACAAAACAAUACAUGUACCACUUCCCGAUUUACAAGGUCGCUUAGAGAUUUUAAAUCAUUUUGCUAAGAGUGUUGUGCUUAGUGAAGAUGCAAAUAUGAAAUCGUUGGCCCGUCUUACGGUUGGAAUGACAGGCGCGGAUUUGUCAAAUGUUAUUAAUAUUGCUGCAGUUCGUAGUGCAGCCAGUAAUGAAAAAUGCAUUUCAAUGAAAUCUCUUGAAUCAGCACUUGAUAGAGUCGUUGUUGGUUUGGAGCGACGUAACCCGAUGUCACUAGAUGAAAGAAAAUUAACGUCUAUUCAUGAAGCGGGGCAUGCUAUUGCUGGUUGGUUCACUCCCGGUGCUGAUCCAGUGUACAAAGCAACGAUAAUGCCUAGAGGAGCAUCUUUAGGAAUUACAUGGAACGCUCCCGAGACAGAUCGUUACCAAAAAAAAUUGUUUGAAAUGGAGGCACAAUUAAUUGUGAGCAUGGCCGGUCGUGCAGCGGAGGAGCUUCUGUAUGGGUCGAAUAAUGUGACCUCAGGAAGCUCUAGUGAUUUGAAGUCUGCAACGUUAUUAGCUAAACAAAUGGUGAUGCAGUACGGAUUUGGCUUAUCCGAUGGAAAAAUUUCAAUUUAUUUAGAUGGAUCCUCGCAGCUUUCUGAUAACCAUAGGGAUGAGAUUGACACUGCUGUUCAAAAAUUUUUAAAUGAUGCUUAUAAUAAAGCAAUGAGUAUUUUGAAAAAGCAUAUGACGGAGCUUACGCAGUUGUCUAAAGCUUUAUUAGAAUUUGAAACCUUGAGUAGGGAAGAGAUUGAGUUAGCAAUAAACGGAAAUGUUGCUGAAAUUGCAAAGCAACGAAAAAUGAAAUUGGUAUCAAAAUAAUACCAGUCUUGUAAUUGAGUUUUUGUAAUUUUAAAGAAAGCUUUACGUCUACUAAUAUGGAUUUCAUAUAAAAUUCUCUUUAGUGUUUUAUGUUUUUUUUUUUUAUUAUGUCGUUUUAAAUAACGAAUGUUGUUCCUUUUUGUUAUAUAAAAUUCUAUCGUUUCAAAUCAACGCUAUAUAAGAUAAACCAACAGCUAUUAAAAGGAUUA